AGAGCUCCAGGGGCCGAGGGAGAGGAGGGGCGCGCAAGCUGCAAAGCCGAUCCCGCGAAUUCAUUACAGUAAACAUCUCCCGGGGGUGUCAGGAGGGGUGGGGGUGGGGACUUCGGCGUCUACAUUAGCGGACCGGUCAGAUCAAGGCAGCAGUGUGGCUGGAGCUGCCUCCAGACCCGCGCCCCGCAGACGCUGCACUUGGAGUGAGCCCCGCGCCCGCCCCCGCGCAGCCCGAGCUGCACGCCCUGCUGCGCGUGGUCCGCACAUUCCCUGCGACCGAGCGCCCGCCCAGUUCUCCCGCCGACUCGCGCGGUCCUCGGGCUCCCAGCAGUCCCGGAUCUGGCCGGGACGCGCUCCACCGCCCUCUUAGAUCGCCCUACUUUUUUCGGGGUUCGAGGCGGAGAGGGGGAGACGGAAGAGGAGAGGAGACCAGAGCUGCGGCGGCCCGAGCCUAGAUAAAGUGGCAUGCCCGACCCCUGGAGACGGAGGUGGCAGAGGACCCGGGAAGACGAUGCCGCGGCUCCGUAGGGGACGUAGGCGACAGCGAGCAAGGCGAGCGGGGCGCUCGGGCGCCCGCAAGCUGCCGGGAGGCGCUCACCACUCUAAAGCUCUGGCCUCAGCUUUCCGGAGCUCCGACGCAGCCAGAGACAGAGCUGGUUUGCAGCAACCGCCGCCGCCACCUGGAGGACCCAGCAAAAGUUUGGAUCUGGGGGAGGGCGCUGCGCUGAGCGGGAUUACCAGCAGGGCUGAAGGGAGACCUGGAAAACCUUAGCAGCUGUGAAGCUCUCCUUGGAUAAAACUAAUUGCCUGCUUGAUGGUGGAAAUUUUUGAGUUCAAAGGGGAAAAGACAUCAUAGAUGGAGUUUGAAAGCAUCCCUGACACACCUACAAGACCAUUUACUACAACAGAGGUUGCAGACUCUGUUUAACCAAGAAAUUCCUAGGCUGCUCUACACUGGCCCUGCUUACUGUAGAAGAUGCAAGAUUUGCCUGCCUGGCUGGACUUCUAUUGACAGUACUUACCACGUGGCGUCUCUCUUUGCUUGUUGGGCAGAUUCUCCCUGUUGAGUUGUUUUGCACAUGGAGGACCACUGCGUGAGGGCAACCUAGGCAGAUCAGACUAAAGACAUCAGAAAGAUUGUUUUACCAUCUGCCCUCAGGUCAUUUCCUCUCACAGAAGUUCUAGACUUUGACAGAACCUGAUCCAGUCACUUUGCUUUUGUUUUCUGUUUUCCCUGUUAUUUGUUGUUGCUUUUGAUUUUUAUUUUCUCCCUUCCUCACAUUGUAUUUUAUUUCUGUCCUUCAGCAAUGGGCCUGCAGACUACAAAGUGGCCCAGCCACAGGGCUUUUUUUCUAAAAUGUUGGCUUAUCAUUUCCCUGGGGCUCUACUCACAAGUGUCAGAUCUCCUGGCCUGCCCUAGUGUAUGCCGCUGUGACAGAAGCUUUGUAUACUGUAAUGAGCGAAGCUUGACCUCAGUGCCUCUUGGGAUCCCGGAGGGCGUAACCGUACUCUACCUCCACAACAACCAAAUUAAUAAUGCUGGAUUUCCUGCAGAGCUGCACAAUGUACAGUCAGUGCACACGGUCUACCUUUAUGGCAACCAACUGGAUGAAUUCCCCAUGAACCUUCCCAAGAACGUCAGAGUCCUCCACUUGCAGGAAAACAACAUUCAGACCAUCUCCCGGGCUGCUCUCGCUCAGCUUCUGAAGCUGGAAGAACUCCACCUAGAUGACAACUCCAUAUCUACAGUGGGCGUUGAGGACGGAGCUUUCCGAGAGGCCAUUAGCCUCAAACUGUUGUUUUUAUCAAAGAAUCACCUGAGCAGCGUGCCUGUUGGGCUUCCUGUAGACUUACAAGAGCUGAGAGUAGAUGAGAACCGAAUUGCGGUCAUAUCAGACAUGGCCUUUCAGAACCUCACAAGCUUGGAGCGUCUGAUUGUGGAUGGGAAUCUCCUGACCAACAAGGGCAUUGCUGAGGGCACCUUCAGCCAUCUCACCAAGCUCAAGGAAUUUUCCAUAGUCCGGAACUCGCUCUCCCACCCACCUCCUGACCUCCCAGGUACGCAUCUGAUUAGGCUCUACUUACAGGAUAACCAGAUAAACCACAUCCCAUUGACGGCCUUCUCAAACCUCCGUAAGCUGGAACGGCUAGAUAUAUCUAAUAAUCAGCUACGAAUGUUAACUCAAGGGGUCUUUGAUCAUCUUUCCAACCUGAAACAGCUCACUGCUCGGAAUAACCCUUGGUUUUGUGACUGCAGUAUUAAAUGGGUCACAGAAUGGCUCAAAUAUAUCCCUUCUUCUCUUAAUGUGCGUGGUUUCAUGUGCCAAGGUCCUGAGCAAGUCCGGGGGAUGGCUGUCAGGGAGCUGAACAUGAAUCUUUUGUCUUGUCCUACCACAACUCCUGGCCUACCUAUCUUCACUCCAGCUCCAAGUACAGUUGCUCCAACAACUCCGUCUCCUACUCUCUCUGUUCCAAGUCCCAGCAGAGGCUCUGUGCCUCCAGCUCCUACCCCAUCGAAACUUCCCACCAUCCCUGACUGGGAUGGCAGAGAAAGAGUGACCCCUCCUGUUUCUGAAAGGAUCCAACUUUCCAUCCACUUUGUUAACGAUACUUCAGUUCAAGUCAGCUGGCUGUCUCUCUUUCCUGUGAUGGCGUACAAACUGACAUGGGUGAAAAUGGGCCACAGUCUUGUAGGGGGCAUCGUUCAGGAACGAAUUGUCAGUGGUGAGAAGCAACACCUGAGUUUGGUUAAUUUAGAGCCCAGAUCCACCUACCGGAUUUGUUUAGUGCCACUGGAUGCAUUCAACUACCGCACUGUGGAAGAUACCAUUUGUUCUGAGGCUACGACACAUGCCUCUUAUUUGAACAAUGGCAGCAACACUGCUUCUAGCCAUGAGCAGACAACUUCCCACAGCAUGGGCUCCCCUUUUCUGCUGGCGGGCCUAAUCGGGGGUGCAGUGAUUUUUGUGCUCGUGGUGUUGCUCAGCGUUUUCUGCUGGCACAUGCACAAAAAGGGACGCUAUACCUCCCAGAAGUGGAAAUACAACCGAGGACGACGGAAAGAUGACUACUGUGAGGCAGGCACCAAAAAAGACAACUCCAUCCUGGAGAUGACAGAAACCAGUUUUCAGAUUGUCUCCUUAAAUAACGACCAGCUCCUUAAAGGAGAUUUCAGACUGCAGCCCAUUUAUACCCCAAAUGGGGGAAUUAAUUACACAGACUGCCACAUCCCCAACAACAUGCGAUACUGCAACAGCAGUGUGCCAGACCUGGAGCAUUGCCAUACGUAACAGCCAGAGGUCCAACGUGAGAAAGGUGGACAACCAAACUCUCAAGAACACACAUGUGUGUGCACAUAAAGACACGCAAAUUACAUUUGAUAAAUGUUACCCAGAUGCAUUUGUGCAUUUGAAUACUCUGUAAUUUAUACGGUGUACUAUAUAAUGGGAUUUAAAAAAAAGUGCUAUCUUUUCUAUUUCAAGUUAAUUACAAACAGUUUUGUAACUCUUUGCU